AUGACCUCUCCCGUUCUCGCAGGCUCUCUUGGGGAAUGCUGUUUUACCGCGGUAAAGCAUGAAGGGACACCCAUCGGGAGGACCGAUGCCAUUGCUGGUGUACCAACCUACGUUUCAGAGCCUCCGUCCGGCGGCAAGACUGCUCAAAAACCGAGGGUUGUGUUGUAUUUUGCUGACGUCUACGGCCCUUUCUACGUCAACAACCAGCUUGUUCAGGAUUAUUUCGCUUCUCAAGGAUUCUUCGUCGUAGGGGUCGACUAUUUUCUUGGAGACCCGGUGCAUAUACACACAGAGCCGGACUUUGAUAGGCCGGCAUGGUUGGCAAAGUCGAAGCAGCAAGCAAAGGAUAUGAUGCCCCGAUGGGCUGGAAGCUAUUCGGGAGAAUACACAGCUGUGGGGUACUGCUUUGGUGCCCCAUUCGUUUUGGAUCUCGCAGCUAGCGGAGAUAUCGUGGCUGGUGCUAUCGGGCAUCCUGCAUUCCUUACUGAAGAUCACUUUAAGAAUAUCAAGAAAAUCGACCAUACCUUUCCUCUGGAAUCUCGUCGACGCGCUGAGGACAUCCUAAUUGAAAACAAGGCCAGCUACUGUUUUCAGGUCUUUUCCGGUGUGAAACAUGGAUUCGCUUUGAGAGGCGACCCUAACGUUGGCGAUACUCGAUGGGCAAAGGAAGAGUCUGCGCGAGGAAUAGCGAAUUGGUUCCAGCGCUUUUGCGGUGAAGCCUCGCAGUUAGUCAAAUUGUAA